UCCGUUUACGCACAAACAGAGCAGCAGACUUAAUCAGCUGAGACUCUGUUGUUAACUUCUCCUGUUUGUGUUCACACACCCCCGAGGAAUCUCUCACCCCACAGAAGCAGCCAUGGAUGAAAUGGAGGAAGAGUUAAAAUGCCCUGUUUGUGGCUCUUUUUUCCGGGAGCCCAUUAUACUGCCGUGCUCCCACAACAUUUGCCUGGCGUGUGCUCGGAAUAUUCUUGUGCAGACCCCGGACGCUGAGUCCCCACAGAGCAGCCGAGCCUCCGGAUCCGGCGUCUCUGACUAUGAUUACCUAGAUUUAGAUAAAAUGAGUUUGUACAGUGAGGCGGACAGUGGAUACGGUUCAUAUGGGGGCUUCAUCAGCACUCCGACCACCCCUUGCCAAAAAUCACCAAACGGAGUGCGGGUUUUUCCCCCGUCUGUCCCCCAGCCUCCUCCGCAGCAUCUGCUACCGCAGCCCAGCUCUUUACCCCCGAUCCCCCGCAACUCCUGCAUCACUUGCCCGCAGUGUCACCGCAGCCUAAUCCUGGACGAGCGGGGGCUCCGCGGAUUCCCCAAGAACCGGGUGCUGGAGGGGGUUGUGGACAGGUAUCAGCAGAGCAAAGCGGCCGCUCUCAAGUGCCAGCUCUGUGAGAAGAGUCCGAAGGAGGCCACCGUGAUGUGCGAACAGUGCGACGUCUUCUACUGCGACCCGUGCCGCCUCCGGUGCCAUCCUCCCCGCGGUCCCCUCGCCAAGCAUCGCCUGGUGCCGCCAGCGCAGGGGCGGAUAAGUCGCCGCACGAGUCCGCGCAAAAUCUCCACUUGCACAGAGCACGAACUGGAGAAUCUAAGCAUGUACUGUGUACAGUGUAAGAUGCCCGUGUGCUAUCAGUGUUUGGAAGAAGGCAAACACGGCACACAUGAAGUAAAAGCUUUGGGCGCAAUGUGGAAACUGCACAAGGGUCAGCUGUCUCAGGCUCUCAACGGCCUGUCAGACCGAGCCACUGAGGCCAAGGAGUUCCUGGUUCAGCUGAGAAACAUGGUGCAGCACAUCCAGGAGAACGGCGUGGAGUUUGAGGCCUGUUUGGUGGCGCAGUGCGACGCCCUCAUCGACGCCUUGAACCGACGCAAGGCCCAGCUGCUGUCUCGAGUGAACAAAGAGCACGAACACAAACUGAAGGUGGUUCGGGAUCAGAUCUCCCACUGUACGGUGAAGCUGCGUCAGACCACGGGGUUGAUGGAGUAUUGUCUUGAAGUCAUCAAGGAGAAUGACCCCAGUGGUUUCCUGCAGAUCUCCGAUGCCUUGAUCCGGAGGGUCAGCAUGACAGAGGGCCAGUGGGGGAAGGGAACCCUCACCCCCAGGAUGACCAGCGACUUCGACCUCACUCUGGACAACGGCCCCCUCCUGCAGACCAUCCACCAGCUGGACUUUGUCCAGAUGAAAGUCCCAGCUGCUCCCAUGCUCCAGCUGGAGGAAUGCUGCACUCAGAACAACAGCGCCACGUUGUCAUGGAAACAGCCGCCGCUCUCCACCAUCGCCGUGGAUGGCUACAUCCUGGAGCUGGACGAUGGAAACAUGGGGCCGUUCAGGGAAGUGUACGUGGGGACAGAGACCAUCUGCACAGUGGACGGGCUCCACUUCAACAGCACAUACAAGUCCAGAGUGAAGGCCUUUAAUGCCAGCGGAGUGGGCCAGUACAGCAAGACACUGAUCAUGCAGACCUCUGAGACUGGACUCCCUCCAUGUGAUAUUCAAUCUAUAGGCACAGUUGCUUGGUUCACCUUUGACCCGGCCUCCGCUCACCCGGACAUCGUCCUCUCCAACGACAACCUGACAGUGUCGUGCAACAGCUACGACGAUAGGGUGGUCAUGGGUAAUUCUGCCUUCUCCCGCGGCGUUCAUUACUGGGAAAUGACCGUGGAUCGCUAUGACAACCACCCAGACCCGGCUUUUGGGAUCGCUCGGGCCGACGUGCUGAAGGACGUGAUGCUGGGGAAGGACGACAAGGCCUGGGCCAUGUACGUGGACAACAACCGGUCCUGGUUCAUGCACAAUAACUCACACACUAACAGGACGGACGGCGGCAUCGGUAAAGGAGCUACAAUAGGAAUUCUGCUGGACUUCUCACGUGGCAUCCUCAUCUUCCUCAUCAAUGAUGAGCAGCAGGGUCCAGUGGCUUUUGAAGGCUUGGAGGGUGUCUAUUACCCCGCUAUCAGUCUCAACCGAAAUGUCCAGAUCACACUGCAUACUGGUCUACCCAUCCCUGACUUCUACUCUCCCGGAGACGCAGAUCCCGCUGACUCUGUGUGCUAAAGACUCACCACCACCGGCUAGGGAAAACCUCUCCAGGAUUUCCCAGGGUUCAUCAUGUUAGUCAAUGACUAUGAUCCAACACUCACCCUUUCCUUCCCUCCCCCUCCCUCUCCCCACCUCCUCUUGUCCCCCUGACCGACUGACCCCAUGACUCUCUGUAAGAGGCCCCAUCCAGCGCUGAGCCAUGCCUUUAUCAUGCCUAAACCUUGGACACAUGAACUAUCUGCAGGACAAAAAUGGACCAUGCUUUGCAAUGUGUACCUUGUAUUUCGACCAGAUUUACAGUUGAGGAAGAUGAAAUCCUGUUAUAAUAAUCUCAAACUGAUGAACUUUGUGCAGGGAUCACAAUAUCUGCUUAAAGGAAUAGUUUGACAUUUUUGGAAAAUACACUCAUUUGCAUUCUUGCAAAGGGUUAGAUGAGAAGAUUGACACCACUCUUAUGUCUGUAUGCUAAAUAUGAAGCUAGUGUUAGCAGUCAGUUAGCUCAACCUCAAACAGGGAAACAGCUAGCCUGGCUCUGUCAAAAAUUCACAAAUAUGUCACCCAACCACUUCUAAAGCUCACUUAUUAAACUACUAUAUCUCAUUUGUUUAAUCUGUACAAAAAAUGAUGUGUAAAAAUGACAUGUUGUGGUUUUAAGGGCACAAAUAUAGUCACAUAACAGCCCUUAAAACCAGAAUGUCUCGUUUUUACAUUUCAAUUUUAAACAAACAAGUUAUACUGUAAUGUGCUAAUUAGUGAGCUGUAGAGAUGCUGCUAGCCUGGCUUUGUCCAAAGCUGGCUAAGCUAACAGCCUGCUGGCUGUAGCUUCAUAUUUAGAGUACAGCCAUGAAAGUGGUAUCACUUUUCCUAAAAUAUUGAACUUGUUUUGUAAAUGAGUUGACUUGGAAAAAAUUGCCCCCAGCAUACCAUCAGCUUACAGUUCAGUAUAUCUUAUUCUUCAUUCUUAUUUUACAUUAACAAGCACAAUAUCCUGUAUAUAUUACUUUCCUGCCGUCAGUCUUGAACAGCCUGACACAUUUAAAACACCAGGGGGAGCAUGAGAGGGGUGUGUGUGUGUGAGGUGGGGGUGGAUCGGUUGAGGCAGGUCAGAAGCUGCUAUCAUCCCUGCACGAGAAAUCUCAGCCGCGUCACUGUCCUAUCCUCACCUGUGUACCUGAGACGCUUUUCUUAUUGGCUUAGCUUGUGUGAUCCUUCUGUAUCGCCUGUAAAAAAAAAAAAUUAUAUAUAUAUAUAUAAUUUGUUUUACAGCA